AUGCAUCUGAUAGCUACCCCUGCUACGUGUGGUCGUCUUUGCUGUGCUGGACGCUAUUUAAGUCCUAUGCUAUGGAGUUUACGUCUAGAGGCUCAGCCAGAACAGCCACUGCGCCACGCCCUGUUGAGGUCACCAAUCACGAGGUCGUUACGACGGCUGGAAGUGAACUGUGGGAAUGUUGAUAUUAACCCAUUACUGCCUGUGCUGAGAGAGUGCUGCUUGGAGGAGCUGGAGAUGGAGAACAUCGACGAUUUUGAGAUGGUGCAGCCAUUGCUGAAGACAUCUUUAAAGGAGAUAAGACUGUCUGCUGCACGGGAAUGCCGCUGUUCCGAGCUGGAGUUUCCGCCUGGGAUGACUUGUCUGAGAGAGAUACAGCUCAAUUCGGCCCGAAGGGGCGUUUGCCAUGUACCUUCCCGCUCGCUACGGAACGUUCUUGAGGCUGCAGCGAAUCUGCGUUGGUGUUCUUUGACAGGAGCUACUACAGACAAUGAUGAGGACCUUAUCUGUGCUCUAUUUGUACUAUCAUUCCUCGACGACCUACAACUUUUUGAUGUUUCCUUUAACCCGAGUCACGGAUGGGGCAUGGACCCCUACCGUUUAUAUCAGCUACGCCGCAGACUUUUCCCGAGCUACCCAAUAUUCUGCGCUAACGAAGAAGCCUCUGCUAUAUGUGUAUGUAGGGGUCUAGGGUCAGCACCAGUAGAGAGGCUGCGUGAGAGCUAUCUUACUUGCCUCUGGUCCCGUAGUGGAUGGACACCAGAACGCCUAGCCUGUUGUGAAGUUGGAGUUGAUAAACUGGAGUGUCGGGAGUGCGAAGAGAUACUAAAUUGGUACUCAUCCAGUAGUGUGGUCCCUACAGUUUCUCAUGUAGUGGAGAGGGCAGUAUGUGGGCGUUCCCCUCCGCCCAUCGUCCGCAGCUGUGCUGAAGCUAGGCACCAGGCCCUUGCUGUCCGUCCCUGCCGAUCGCCGCCUCCUCCUUCACGACUUUGGAGGAGCAUCGCUACCUUCUUUGGUCUGUAGACAGCCCUUUACUCUGACUCGGUCCAUCGAUUCUGAACCGCAUGUAUGAUUUGUAGUUUUUCAAAGUCUAUUAGCAAAGCCUCCUUCUGCAAUGUCAAGUGGGACGGAGGUAUUAAGUACGCGGUAGCUGGUAUCUUUUUCACCGCCUUAGCUGUCGCCUCAGUGGUUUGCCUUACGUCAGCCGAGUCACGGCGUUGGUGG